GGGUACAUAUGGGGUUUUGGAAGCAAGAUGCGGGUGGUAAUUUCGAUAGUGCUUCAAGCGAGCGUCCUUCCGCCGAAACACCUUGUCGCACAAGGGACUCUCACAAAUAUAUACCACUGGGCCUUUGUGGUACUGUCGCUUGUGUCUGGCUAGGUUUCCUUUUCGGUAAAGGCCAGUAAACAUAGUGUUGCAACUCGACUCGUUGCAACACAGUUGUUCUGGCGCUGCAGGUGAGGAAGCAUCGGUAGGGGUAGAGGGUGGUUCAGACGCUGUUGGUGUUUGUGGGGCGAGAUGGCUGUUUUCACCUCCAGGAUUCCUAUUGAAUUAAUGAGACUUCGACUCUCCAGAGUGGACUGGGCUUACAGAGUGUAGGUGUUGUCUUCUCGUGUAUCAACAUCAAGCGGAGUCGUCUGGGGAGUUGCCGACCUCUCGAUGCGCCACAAGAAAGGACGGAACGUGUCGUUGGACACGGAUUGGAAGGAAGUCGACG